CCACGCAGCUUGGCACACACCCUGGGGUCUACAACAGCACCUGCCCUGAGCACAGGUGCGUUGAGGAGCUUCACCUGGUGUGCUUGGACGGCCUGUGCAAGUGCCUGAUGGGUUACAGUCCAGACUCACAAGGUGGAUGCAAGAGCGAUGCCAUCAGCGUUGUGGUGACAUGGAUUUCCCGCGCAAUCAUCACAGCCUUUGUCUUGUUCAUCUGUGUCGUUAUACUUUACCUGAUGUUCAGUCGCGGCUCAAGAAGCCCCUGCCCAACCCCGUCCCUCCCCCAGGCGAGAGCGGCGAGGCUCGGGGGCGUCGCUGCUGGAGAGCGAGGGGAGCGGCCGCACCUGCUGGUACGACGCGCCCCCGCCCUACGUGGAGGCCGUCCCGCCGCCGCCGACCUACCAGGAGGCCAUGUCGAGUGCGGAGAAAGCUUCCCCAGCAAGCGAGGCGCAGCCGGGCUCUGGCGCCGACCCCGCCGCCCCGGCUCCGCCCCGCGACGUCCCGGGGCUGACCUGCACGACGGACGCGCCGAUCCGGGACUUCGCAAGGACGUCUUGCGACUUCGACCUCCCUUCGCCCUUCGACACGAGGCCACCGCAGGAACGAGUCACUCCGCCCCACCGGAGCGCCGAGCGCCCUCUCACCGCGCAGCACAAUGACGUGGCAAUACACAUAUGAGAAGGUUUCGAGGCUGGCUUUGCGCUUUUUUUUUAUGAAUCUGGCCUUUGCCGCCUCACGAACGAGGGACGAGUCUGGACGCGGCUGACCAGACACGCAAAGGAAGGCCGAAUGAUUUCCUCGAAUUCAAGCCGAUGAGCGGUCGUUGCCUGGGAUCCUCUGCGGUAGUGCCGCUGGGAAAGGGAUCCUGGGUGUAAAGAGAUCGAUUUUUUUCAAAUGAAUAAAGUUCUCUUUUUAACUAUAACCAAUUGGUUCAAUAGUUAUAAUACUGUAUAUUCUAUCUUUGUUUCUGAUUCAUAUAAAGAUACCAUACACUAUGCCAUUGCCAUUUAAAUGUUAGUAUGACUGACUAGUAUGUUACUCAAUGUAUUAGUAUGAUUUCAGUGACAUGUCAACAUACCUGACUGUGCUUUCGGCGCUGUCAAUACGUUAGUACAUUUGACUCAGUGUUUUGUCACUGUUAGUGUUCGUAUAUUUGACAGUGUUUUGUCACUGUUAAUAUGUUUAGUACUUUUGACUCAGUGUUUUGUCACUGUUAAUAUGUUUAGUACUUUUGACUCAGUGUUUUGUCACUGUUAAUAUGUUUAGUACUUUUGACUCAGUGUUUUGUCACUGUUAAUAUGUUUAGUACUUUUGACUCAGUGUUUUGUCACUGUUCAUACGUUAGUACAUUUGACUGAAGGUUAUGUCACUGUAGUAUAUUUGACACGGUAUUUGUCUACACUAACGGUAUUUAUCUAUGUUCUUUGUGGUUCCCACCCUAUGACAUCCCAGAUUUUUUAGUCGUGACAUUUUCAUUUCAGUGUCCCUUUAUGCCUGAAGAAGUGGCAAAAAGCAUUCAUUCAUGUGAGUCAUAUGAACGAUGUCAUUUUCGAAUGAGAUCUUCAUCAUCUGUUUUCCACUUUUCGGAAAUUUUUAGAUUUUUUGGGGCGUCAAUCCUAUCCCGUUUUCUUUAUUUCAAUAAAAAAAGAUGAGUUAAA